AUGGCGCCAAUUAGAGCGCUCUUCCUCCACGCCUUUCUUGUGGGACCCCUCCUUCUCUUCGCCUCUCUCGUCGCGUCCCGGCAUGCCUGCUACCUGCCCAACGGCCAGCCGGCUUCGGGCCCCACGGACGCCUGCAGGUUGUCCGAUUUCGACCCACCGCUGGCGCAAUGCUGCCACGACGGCGACCUAUGCCUAAGCAACCAACUCUGUGGUAGGCAGGACCCGCGUGGUGAGUUCAGCUAUUACCGCGGUACUUGCACUGCGAAGGUUUGGAGGAACACCGAAGAUGGAGCCGGAUGUAUGAACCCCUGCCCGAUCUCGUAUGGGAAUGAGGAGACGGUGCCGAUGCAUUGGUGUGUGGAGGAGGAUGGCACGAUGAGCUGGUAUUGUGGGAACGAUGCGCCGGCGGGGGAUAAGGGAUGCACGAGGGUUGGGGCGGAUAUCGAUUUGCCUGACGGUAUAGGGGUCUUGGCCACUGCAGGCGGCACAUUGACUCCUGCGCCCGUGCCAACGACACUCGUCGAGACGACCCUCAUCGAGACGACAUCCCCGUCCGAGGGCCCAUCCAGCACGCCAAGCGAGAUCAACCCAAUACCUACCUCAUCACAGCCCCAACCACCCCCUUCAACCUCCAACGCCAACAACCCAAGCGACUCUCCUCCUCUCACCAAGGAUGACGACGAGGAAGAAGACGGCUCCUCCGCCAUCCCCAUCGGCGUCGGCGUAGCAGUGGGCUCACUAAUCCUCAUGGCAGGCAGCGCGCUAGUCUACUUCUACCAGCGCAAACGUCGUCGCGAAGCCCCCGUGCGCGCCGAGACGCCGCCGCCAUUCGAGUUUUCGUUCCUCAACAGCCAGAGCCAGACGCCUGACUGGUUGGGCCCUGCGUAUGGGGUUCCGCCGCCACCGCCGCCGCCAGGCCCGGUGCAUACGAUGGGCGGUGAUGGAAAGAUGAUGCCUGAGGCCGCUGGGCUGGGAGCUGGGUUUGGGGCUGGGUCUGGGGUGCCGUUUUCAUCGUCGUCGAUGGGGAUGGGGAAUGGGAUGCAGAAUGGGAUGCAGCAUCAUAGGGAGAAUAUGAAUACACGGAUGGGACCGAUGGGAUCCGCUGCGGAGAUGAGAGGUUCGGCCAGGCACGAGUUGCCGUGA